AUGGGCAAGAAGGGCGGGAAGGGCGCGAAGGGGGGCGUCGACUGGGACGCCCUCCCUUGGAAGGAGAUCGACGUUGGCGAGAACUUCCUCGUGGGGUGCAAGGAGUCGGGGUUCAUGGGUCUCGAAGCCAUCGAGGGACUCUCGAUCCCUGAGUUGCAACUAGGAGGCCCUACGGAAGAGCCGCCGAGCACUGAGACCGCGGCCACGGGCGAGAAGAAGAAGAGGAAGAAGAGGGACAAGGAGAGGGCGGCUGCGGAGCCCCCAGGAGCCGGCGAGCAGGCGCCUGGGCAGGACGGAGGGCGCGGCGACGCGCCGGGGGAGACGGCCGAGGAGCGCAUCGCGAGGCUGGAGGCAGAGAACGCGAAGCUGAAGAAGCGGCUUCGCGACGACAAGAAGGACAAGCAGAAGGCGAAGAAGAAGCGCAAGACCGACGAGGGCGCCGCGGGCGCGCCCGGGCCUGCAACGGCAACCAACGUGGCCGACGACGCGCCACUGGCGGACACGUCCGCGUGGAAGCCCUUCCUCCUGCACCCGCUCAUCGAGACGGCGAUCGCGCGGCUCGGAUUCGAGAAGCCGACGCGCAUCCAGGAGAUGUGUCUGCCCGUGGCGUGCACGCAACGCAAGGACGUCGUCGGCGCCGCGGAGACCGGGUCCGGCAAGACGCUCGCGUUCGGGCUGCCCAUCAUGCAGCAGCUCCUCGAGGAGCGCGAGGCGCGCGCCGCCGAGGCCGCCGAGGACGGGCAUCCGGACCCCGAGAUCGUGCGCACGUCGAGCAACCGCCUGCGCGCUCUGAUCCUCGCCCCGACGCGCGAGCUCGCCAUCCAGGUGUCGGAGCACCUCAAGGCGAUCGGGAAGGUGUGCCGCGUGCGCGUGGAGCCCAUCGUGGGCGGCAUCGCGCCGCAGAAGCAGGAGCGGCUCCUCCGCGGGCGCCCGGAGGUGGUCGUGGCCACCCCGGGACGCCUCUGGGAGCUCAUGAGCCAGGGCGACACACACCUCCUCGACACGGGCGCGCUGAACUUCCUCGUCCUCGACGAAGCCGACCGCAUGGUCCAGAAGGGGCACUUUGCCGAGCUCGAGUCCAUCCUUGCAAAACUCCCCCUCCCUGGCAACACGGCGGACCGCGUGGUGGACGUCACGGUGGACCCGAACGCGGAGGACGCGGACGAGGAGGCGGGCGCGCGGAGGAAGAAGAAGGAGAAGAAGGACCCGCCGCCGCGCGUGCAGACGAUGGUGUUCUCCGCGACGCUGACGCUGCCCGAGUCGAUGCGCAAGCGGCUCAAGGGGGGCGUCGGGCGCGGGGGCGGCGCGGGCGGCGGCAGCCCGACGCUCGAGAAGCUACUGGGGAAGAUGUCGUUCCGCGGCGCGCCCGCGAUCCUCGACGCGACCGCGGACGCGGGGCACAAGGGCGUGGCUGCUGCGGUCACGCAGGCGUACGCCGAGUGCCUGGACGCCGACCGCGACGCGUGCCUGUACUACCUCCUCUCCGCGCACUCUGGCCGCACGAUCGUCUUCGCGAACGCGGUCUCCGCGGUGCGCCGCGCGGCCGCCGUCCUGAAGCACCUGGGCAUUCCCGCGGCCGCCUUGCACGCGCAGCAGCAGCAGCGGCAGCGGCUCAAGAACCUCGACCGGUUCCGGAAGAACGACGACGGCGUGCUGGUGUGCACGGACGUCGCGGCGCGUGGGAUCGACAUUCCCGACGUGCGCUGCGUCGUUCACUACCAGGUGCCCGCGUCGCCGGACGUGUACGUGCACCGCGCGGGCCGGACGGGCCGCGCGGGCGCGGAGGGCGCGUCCGUGGCGAUCGUGGUGCCGAGGGAGCGGCCGCGGUUCCUGUCGCUGGCGCGCGCCCUCAAGGGGCAAGACGCGCCGCGCGCCUUCCCGAUCGACGCGGCUGUGAUGCCGCAGGUGCGGGAGCGCGUGGCGCUGGCGCUGCGCAUCGAUGAGUACGAGCGGCAGGAGAAGAAGGUCCGGGCGCGCGACGACUGGGAGGGUCGGAACGCCGCGCAGGUGGGCGUGGCCGGCGACGAGGGCGACGCGGAGGACGAGGGGCGCAACGUGAGGCGCCGGAAGGCCGCGGAGGCGCGGGAGGUCGCGGAGGCGCGCGUGCGGCUGUCGCAGCUGCUUGCCGAGCCGCUGGGGGCCACGUUCAGCGGGCGGUACUUCACGGGCGGCGGGGCGGCCGGGAUCGCGGCGCAAGCGGCCGCGAAGAGGGCGGACGGCGACGGCGGCGUGACGGGGCUCGUGCGGUCGGCGGUGCAGGCCGCGGACGAGCUGUUGCGGUCGCGGCGCGCCGCGCAGGCCGCGGUCGAUCGCAAGGCCGGGAAGGUGGCUGGGGGGAGUGGGAACGGGCAGCGGGGGGGUGUCGAGAAGAUGAGCUUGGAGGAGAGGCGGGCGGCGGCGCUGCAGCGCGCGGUGGAGAAGAAGGUGGGCAAGACCAUGGCGAAGAAGGCGCGGAAGGCUGCGCAGGGUGCAGGGCACGUAGGGCGUGCCGUGCAGGUGCGCAGCAAACGCGGGCUCGCGGUGGUGCCUCCGGCGCUCGGCCGCGCCGGGAGCGGGCCGGACGCGCUGGCUGCCAUGCGGCUCCGCGCGGGCGAGGCCUCGUGA